UGAAGUCACUUUGAGAACUAAAGAACAAGACUCAGAGAUUAGCGAUAACUGACUUGAAACGAAAGAAUGUACGCCAGAUCAGAUAGUCUGGGUUUCUCAGUCCCGACAAACAACUUCUUCCAGCAGCAGCCGCACUUUGAUUUCAGACCGGUGAUGCAGCGCAACACGGAGCCGGAGAUCUUCACCUUCGAGCGCAUUCCGGAGCCGCAUCCGACGCUCGCUUACCGCGCGGCUGCAACUCGCCCGCGUAAGAGAAACACGAGGGUCAUGUAUCCCUCAAAAGUGCGCAAAUAUCUCCCACCGGCCGAGAAAAGCCCCGCCAAACGGUGGUUGCUCGCCCUGUGCCUGGUGGUCUUCAUGCAGAUCUACACGGAGGAGGGAUCCGUUGAGUCCACGCAGAGUGAAGGUCCAGCCUUUACAGAAGCCACAACGUACAACGUCCUCUCCUUCCAGUCCGCCGAUGAGCAAGCCAGACAGAUGAUGGGGAAAGAGUUCGCCCAGAUGUCAAGCCAGCAGCUCCAGGCCAGUAACGAGAAGGAGAACCAGUUUCUCAACACUACGUGCCCGAGCGCAACCUGGGAGGAAGACGUGAGAGCGCCUUACCAGCACGGUCGUCGCAAUGGAUACGUGGUGGCUCUUCUAUACCCAGUAUACCAUAGAUUCGGUACAGAGAAGUGAAUGAACUGAAAAUCACGUAAUGGACUAAACAAUUUCAAAGUUUGAAAGGUGGACAGCAGUGGGGUGUCCUGCGAAGAAAACCCAAUUGUUCCAGCGGAGCUGAAAAAUAACAUUUGAUGGACUUGAAUGAUGAAACACUGAGCCAAAUGUGAACGGCUCUUUUAGAUUUACUUGAAUAUCACUGUUGUGCAAAACUUCACUUGAAGUGUAGAUUCGCCUUGUACUCUCACAAGUAGGCUACAUCAGUUACCUGUCUGUGCAUGAGAAAGUCGCAAUCCUCGUUUGUGUUGCUGAACGCACAGAAAUACUUGAACCUCACAUUGAAGAUGAAUUGUGUUAAACGAAGAACUGUCGUUUGUUGUAGCUAUUUAUUUAACGUUAUCUAUUUAUUGUUUUUGACUUAUUUAUUUCAUAUCGUUUAUAAAUGUCAGUUGAUGUGUUAAAGUAUUGCUUUUUAUGAAAAAUAUUAUGAAUAUUAAUGUGAGCUAGAAAUUCAUCAGAUCACAGAAUCAAACUUUAUAAAGUAACCAACAAUCUGAACAACUUUAGUACAAUUUUAUUUACAGUAUCUAUUGUUGAAAUAUUAAUGUAUUUAAUUUCUGACACGUAUUACUACAUGUGUUGUUCAUUAACGUUUAUGACUAUUGAGCACAAAUCUUUUUGAAAAAGUGAAAUAAAAAAAAUGCAAUUUCA